AUGAUAGGAAACUCAAGAUCUCCUCAUACUCUUGCUCUUAUUGAUUUUGGGCUUUCAACAUCAUUUUGCGAUAUUAUUACAAAAAUUCAUAUUCCAUUAAGAGAAGGAAAAUCACUAGUAGGAACCACUCGUUCUGCUUCUAUCAAUGUACACAACGGUAUUGAAUAUUCUAGAAGGGAUGAUAUGGAAUCCCUUGCAUAUAUCCUCAUUUAUUUUAUGAAAGGGUCUUUACCAUGGCAAAAUGUUCCUCUAAUAAAUGGACAAAGUCUUUCCACAGCUGUAUCUGAAAUUAAACAAUCCACGCCAAUAGAAGAAUUGUGUUAUGAUCUUCCUGAAGAAUUUGGGAUGUUUUUGCAGGAAGUACGAGCUUUACAAUUCGAAGAAGAGCCAAAUUACGUUAAAUACCGAGAAAUGGUCAGAAAUCUUUUUAUCAAAAGUGGAUUUGUUUAUAAUUACAAGUUUGAUUGGGAAGGACAUGAAAAUGAUAAAGCUCCAGAGAAGGAAGUCCACAUGCUUCCGCUUAAAAAUCAUUACCGUUCUACUAAAUCCCGAGAUUCUUCACUCUCCAACUCUUAUUGGGAUUUAAGCCAUAAUGGCGGGAAAAAGAAACAUCAUCAUAACCCGUUCAGACCUCAAACACUUCUUCAAAUGUCAGCAUUGAAUCUCCUUACUUUGAAGUAG